AAUAAAUAUUAUUUCCGAAAUAAAACUAUGGAAAAAACGGAAGCUUUUUUAAGAUAAAAGUUUGUUUUUUGUUUUUUUCGUAAACGUAGAAGAAAAUUGAAUGGCUGUGGCAACAGCUCCGUCGCUAAACCGCCAUUUCCUCUGCCGCGUCUCGAACCCUUACUCGAGAGUUAAGCAACGACGGCCAUGGCUGCCACCAGGAGACGCUACCCUUUUCAAUUCUCGCCGGAGUUGGGAUUCCCAUCUCCUUUUUUUCGCUUCCUCUUCUUCUUCUCCUUCGUCGUCGCCUCCGUCUCCAAAUUCACCGACGGAUGAUCUCACGGCAGAGUCGUGCGUCAAUACUGGUCUUGAUCUCUUUAAGAGAGGACGGGUCAAAGAUGCUCUUGUUCAGUUUGAAACUGCACUGAGUUUGGAUCCAAAUCCUAUUGAGUCACAAGCUGCUUACUAUAACAAAGCAUGUUGUCAUGCUUACCGGGGCGAAGGAGAAAAGGCUGCUGAUUGCUUGCGAAUUGCGUUAAGAGAUUAUAAUCUGAAGUUUGCCACUAUUCUUAAUGAUCCUGAUUUAGCAUCCUUUCGCGCAUUACCCGAGUUUAAGGAGCUGCAAGAAGAGGCUAGGUUAGGCGGGGAAGAUAUUGGCGAUAGUUUCCGGAGAGAUCUGAAACUUAUCAGUGAAGUACGAGCACCGUUUCGUGGCUUUAGAAAAUUCUUUUAUUUUGCCUUUGCAGCAGCAGCGGGUAUCUCAACAUUCUUUACCGUACCAAGACUGAUUCAGGCAAUCAGAGGCGGUGAUGGUGCUCCAGAUCUUCUGGAAACGACGGGAAAUGCUGCAAUUAACAUUGGAGGUAUUGUUGUUCUGGUUUCACUGUUCCUUUGGGAAAACAAGAAAGAGGAAGAACAAAUGGUACAAAUAACUCGAGACGAAACUCUCUCCCGGUUGCCUCUACGCCUGUCAACCAACCGUGUUGUUGAACUUGUGCAGCUAAGGGAUACAGUUCGACCCGUUAUUCUAGCUGGGAAAAAAGAGACUGUUACACUCGCGAUGCAAAAAGCAGAUCGGUUCAGAACCGAGCUCCUAAGACGAGGUGUUCUCUUAGUUCCUGUGGUAUGGGGUGAACGUAAAACACCGGAAAUCGAGAAAAAAGGUUUUGGAGCUUCUUCAAAGGCAGCUACAUCUCUUCCUUCAAUUGGGGAAGAUUUCGAUACACGGGCUCAAUCGGUAGUAGCCCAAUCAAAGCUGAAAGGUGAAAUCAGGUUCAAGGCUGAGACUGUUUCGCCUGGUGAAUGGGAAAGGUGGAUAAGAGAUCAACAGAUAUCUGAAGGAGUUAACCCGGGCGAUGACGUGUACAUUAUACUGCGGUUAGAUGGUCGAGUCCGCAGAUCGGGUAGAGGGAUGCCGGAUUGGGCUGAGAUAUCGAAGGAGUUGCCGACGAUGGAUGACGUGCUCAGCAAGUUAGAAAGAUGAAACUGUGAAGCUUUCUGACAUAUUGUAUCUUCUUCAUAAAACCUUAGAAGAGUGCUCAUAGGAGAAGAAAAGGUCUUUAUUGUUUGUUUGUGUUGUUCACAAGUCCGUGAGAUUGAUACUUGCAUUUUUAAAAGGAAAAUAUUUCUAUUAAUAACCGUGUUUUUUCCCAAAAAA